AGCACAAUGAUUCCUUGAUUGGGACAGCCAAAGAGAAAGCAGAAGAAGCAGAGAGACAGAUCUCCUGGCAGCUGAGUCAAGGCCAAUAGGAAAGUACAGGUUGCCUCCCCACCAGCCCACACAUCAUAAAAUUUACUGCUGCGUGAUUACCAAGUACACAAACAUGCACACAAAUAUUAAAGCACACACACUAAACUGAUGUAAAUGUGUAUUAGUGUUUGGCUUGUUAACGUUAUAACCAAUAUCAAUUUUUUAAAAUUGUUUCGAGCAGUUUAUUUCUCUUUUCCUUGUGUUUUGUUCAUGCAGGAGUGAAAGAGUUGCAGAAAGAAGCUGACUACCUGUUAAAACCAUCUGCAUUUCCUCUGAGGUCCCCAGCGAUGUUGUGGAAAAUGGAAAACAUCCAGUCAAGGACCCAGGCUCCCUUCUCCAUUUGUUCCAGCUCUGCUGCACCAUGGGCUGCCUCAGGUUUGGCUACUGGUCCCUGAUCCUGGUCCAAAUGCUUCUCCUACAAAAUCAUCCUGUAAAGAUGCAGAGAGUUGAUCCUGUGUCCCAGAAACUACGACGACUCAACGAGCAGUUCCAGCAGUUCCAGGAACUGACCCAGGCCCGUUUGGACAGGCUGGCCUUGAACCAGAACAGAAGCUUCUCGGGGGAGCUGGGAAGCCAUAUUCAGGCCCUGAGUGACCACUGGCAUCACAUGUCGCAGAAUCUCGAACAUCUCAAGGAGAGCACAACACAGGAGAUAGAUGGUCUCAGAGAGUGGAGUAGGAAGCUUGAGAAGAAGAUUAAGCGAAUGGAGGGACGUCUGGCUUUGAUGGAGAGGAACAUGAGGGAGAACCGCCGCCAUGUUCAGAAACAGAAGCCUGAUCCCAGUCCAGACUUCUUCAACCUUACCCUGGAACUCCAGAGCCAAGAGGAAAGGUUGGCUGCCCUUCAGGUCCAGCGUGAUGAGCUGCUCAUAGGGCUGAAAGGCUUGCAGGAAUCCUUAAAAAACCAGGCGUUGCGUGUGACCCAGCUGGAGGGCCGGCUCAGUGAGUUCCUGCAGUUAAAUGGAAGAGGAAAAAGCAGAGGAUUGUGGAGAACAGGAGAGCCCCACAACUCCAACAUCACACCUCAGGAACACUAUGGGAGAAGCCAGACACAUAGAGGAGGGAAGCCUAGAAGGAUUCUGGAAGGACAUACCCAACCCAGACCAGAUGAUAACAUCUAUUCCCAGAAUGAUAAUCACUCACAGGCAACAGCUCACAGCAGAAAUCCCCUACAACCUCAACAACACCAAGCAACACCAAACCACCCCAAACAUCACACCCAGGAGUCAAGACCUCAGCCAGAAUCUCAUCCACAGAUGCACAUCCCUUAUGCAAAUCUUAAAGCCCGAUCCACAGAUUUCCAGCCCCAGCCAGACUUUUAUCAUCCCCAGUCACAGAUCAAGGUGCAGGCUCAGACAAGGCCUUACCCUGGCCAGGAGGAGCGGCUCCAAUCUCUCCAUAGUGUGCCUUAUCCUCAUGCCCAGAUCCAGCCUGAGGUCAAACAACAAUCCCAGUCUCAAUUGUAUGGUCAGAGACACCAUCAGUUACACAACACCAGUCAUCAUCAACCCAUCGCGACCCAUCUCAAACCCACCAAAGAGAGACAGAGCAGGACUCACGUAGAGGCUCCUCAGCCCCAGGCUUCAGGUGCUCUCCCUUGGCUCGAGUCUGAGUCUUAUCAGCCCAGGGUGAGUGGUUGGCCUGGAGGAGAGGAGGGAGAAAGUAACACAAAAGUGGAGUCUUCAGUGAUCCACAACCUCCUAGGGCUCCCUGUGAGGCACAAAAUCCCUGCAAGACCAGUCCCCAAAAAGGAUGCAACCAUUUGUAAUGUGGACUCCAUGUUGGUCUUCCCCUCGGCCUCAGCAGAUAACUACGUCGCUUUCUCCCUGACUCUCCCUGACCUUCCUGAACUCUCUGUGUGUUUGUGGCUCCGUGUGGAGGCAUCACAAGUCGGCACCCUGCUCUCUUAUGCCACAGAUGACAAUGACAACCAGUUAGUUCUGUAUGGACGCCACUCCUCUGCCUCAUCUGCGUCCUCCUCUUCCUCCCUCUCCCUGGACUUUGUCAUUGGUGACCCUGCCUAUCGCCGUCUCCCUGCUUCGUUGCUCCUGGACACUCGCUGGCACCACUUCUGCUUUGUCUGGUCAUCCAUCCAGGGCCGUUUCUGGCACUACAGUGACUGGCAUCUCACGUCCGCAGGCUCCAACUUCAGAAAGGGUUGGGAGAUUCCCGGAGGUGGAUCAGUGAUACUGGGUCAGGAGCAAGAUGCUGUUGGUGGAGGGUUUGACCCUGCAGAGGGUUUUGCUGGGCAGAUGGCAGGGUUCAGGGUGUGGAACCGGGUGCUGAGUCCUUCAGAGGUGGAAGGAGUGGCACAGGGAAGAGGUGUGCCCAGAGGGGUGGUGCUUGGCAUGGAGGACAUAAAAGAGGUGCAUGGCGAGGUGCAGCAGGUGGCAUGUGAAUGUUUAGAGCACUGUGUGCAUUUCAAAAUAUAAUAUUGGCAGAAUAUGUUAGUUGUCUCUUACUUGUCUGCCUGUUAACCAGCCAAAAUAAAAACAUUUUUUGUUUUAUUUUAUUGUUUCAUGUUUCUAAAUGUUCACUAACUGAACUUGAAGAUAGCAGUGGUGAAGUAUUCAAAUGUUUUAUGAGUAAGCUAUACAAGCAGAGUUCUCUUAAGUUCACAGUUCACUUUAAGUAUCAAACAUUUAAGUACUCAUUGUGCAGUAAAAUGUCUUAUUUUGCUGUUAUAGCUGAUGUUUUUCAAUUGAUAUUACUGCUACUGAUAUUAUUAAAUCGUAUGUUGAGGCUUGGUGCUGUACAUGUUUAAGGCUGAGCUACUUUUUACUCUAUACUGGUGGAUAGUGUACUAUACAGCAAUGCAUCAUAUUGUGUAAGAACAUCAUAUUUUUAUGGCUGUCCUGUGAGAACCGUGUAUCUCUAAAAUGUCAGCUGUUCAUGGAUUUAGAAAAACAGCCUGUUUUUCAGCUUUGUCACAAUGAAUUUUACAGCUACAGACAAGAAGGGUAUGGAAAGUUUUAAUCUGAAAAGUGAGUAACUAAAGCUGUCAGACAAAUGUGUUGUAAUACAUGCAAUAUUUGUCUUUGAGAUGUAUUGAGAUAGAAGUAUAAAGUUCCAUAAAAAGAAAAUACUCAAGCAGGG